CGGAGGUAGGUCAGGCUGAGCGGAGAGUCAGAGGGUUUAUUUAACUCGUCGCUCAGUCCUCCCCCACUUUCCCAACGCGCUACCAAGAGGGUUGCCUUCCUUCCUCGGCGGGACCACGGCGUGGAAGUCGCACGGACUAACUCGGAGCCAUUUUCACACCCAAAGUAACCUUUACAUGAAAUAGACUAGUGUCAAACGAUGACAAACCAGUGAACGUUUGUAGCUUUUUUGAAGCAUUUUGGUGCAUUUCACAAACUGCUGCUUGCCAUUUUCUUUUCUUUUAUCAAUUUUUUUUAAAUCACGCUCAAAUAAAUGCGUGUUUAUUUGUGACUGCAUUGGGAAAGUACCUCGGCUCUGUCUGUGUAGUUGGAGUAAAAAGAAUGGAGCGAAUUCCAAGCGCGCAGCCACCUCCUCUGUCCAAACGCCAGCCGGAUCUGUCAGACGUGCAGGGGAUGGACUUCCCGAUGUAUGUUUAUAAACCCAGGCGGGGAAUGAAGAGAGGAGAGGAGAGCAAGGAAACCUACAAGCUGCCUCACAGACUUAUCGAGAAGAAAAGGCGGGACCGGAUAAACGAGUGCAUCGCGCAGUUGAAAGAUUUAUUACCAGAACACCUGAAGCUCACGACUCUGGGCCAUCUGGAGAAGGCUGUGGUUUUAGAGCUCACGCUCAAGCAUGUGAAAGCCCUCACCUCUCUUCUGGAGCAACAGCAGCAGAAGAUCCUCGCUCUGCAGAAUGGCAUGCAAAUUGAGCAGCCUCCCGUCAGCCAGGAGAAGUCAGAGGAGAUGUUCCGCUCUGGCUUCCACAUGUGUGCCAAGGAGGUUCUUCAGUAUCUAGCCAAUCAUGAGACUGAUGGAGAGUUCAUGCCGUCCCAUGUGAUCAAUCACCUUCACAAGUUAGCUGCAGAGGUGCUGCAAAGUCCAAUCCGACCGCGCACCCCUCUCAGCCCCCGACAUGAGGAAAUCCCUACCUACCACCAGCACCAACCUCACAAGGAGAUGCACACCAGCUUACCCCCUAAACCCAGCGAGGGCUAUGGGAGGAACUGUGUCCCUGUCAUCCAGCGGGCGUACGCUCCGCCGAGCAGCGAGCAGAGUGGCAGUGAUACGGAUACAGACAGCGGCUAUGGGGGAGAGCUGGAGAAGAAUGAAUCUGGGGCGCCACAGGGUCGCCCCAAUUACUACAGUCAGGAGAGCCAGCUGAAGAGGACGCUGGGAGAGCAGCAGAACUCCAGCAUCAAGCAGGAGGGUGACGAGCCACGCCACAAACGACCCCGGGUGGAGUCGUCUGAAGAUGAGCUGCUCUCAGGAGGCGAGUCAUCGGCUUCAUCGUCCUCUAGCGGUUACGGCAGUUACAUGAACGUAUCCCCCAACCAUCCACCUCCACCACAUCCCCUCUGCAUGCCUUUCUACCUCAUUCCACCCUCUGCUGCAGCCUACCUGCCAAUGCUGGAGAAAUGCUGGUACCCCGGGGCCGUGCCCAUGCUCUACCCUGGCGUUGGAGGCUCCGCACCCGCCAUGUCCAAUGAAAGACCGCCUCCACCUCAGCUAGUGUUGUCUCCCAGGGGAGGCUCUCCAGCCCCAGCCAUAUCUCAGACCCCCAUGGACUCCCCUGCCCUCCUUCAGGCACUAAAGCAGGUACCACCCCUCAACCUGGAAACCAAAGACUGAGAGAUGAGAGCAGACGAAGACAUGAACCUGUUCUAGCACCCAGAAGCAGAGACAGUAGUAGGAAGGAGAAGAAAACUGAGCCAUUCCAUAAUCCAUCCUCAUUCCUCUCCUCUGUUCCUCAGCCUGGAGGUCAAUUAGCAAGUGAGAGGACUUGUAGAGAGGAUCGAGGAGAGAUGGAGGGGGGAGCGGCAUCCAUCCACACCCGGAGGAUGCAAAGCUCUGGUUGAAUGUUUAAUGCUCAGUGAUAUUACUCAGUGCAAAUGUAUCAUAUAAACUGGACAUGCCCUGCAUACACACAAACACACACACACACUUGGUUGAAUGUAAAGAAAGAAAUGUUAUAGAUGCUGCUGUUAAAGUAUAAACGCCGAUGACACUGAUGCAUCUCACUCGUAGCAGUUGCGAUAGAGACAUGUCAUCGUUGUACUCUAGAGGUCGUUGCACCAAACGUUAGUGGUAAUAUUUCCACCCAAAGUUUGUCGCCAAUGUCCUGUAGGUGCCCAUUAUCAUCACUGAAAAUGCCCUUCGAACUAGACACUAUGAUGACUGCCAUCAUGAAAUACAAGGGUUUCCUCUAGUGUGUACAGACAAGAGUAAGGGUACACCCAGUGCAUGGACGACGGUAUGUGCCACCACAUGACCACACUGAAUGAGAAGUUUUCAUUGACAAACAGACAGUUGAGAUGGAGUUUCUGUAAUUAUUGUUCAUAGACUUCUUGUACAUUUCUAUUUUUGAUACCUGUUCUUUCACUCUGUACAUCCGGAGAGAUAGAAGGAGGGCAGAGUGUGGACAAUUGUACGUUGUGUACUCAGAAACUGUGUACAUACUGUAGCACUGUGCUGGACCUGGUCUGCAUACUCAACAUCUGUUUCUGCUCAAGUCAAACCUGGUGUUUGUUCUUGCUGUUGCCUUUUACUUGUGAAAUGCUGAUGAAUCUCAGAUGUUCAUUCUCUGUACUGUGUAUGAAUACUGGAGUCAAAGGAGUGAGGAGGAGAGAAGUGAAUGUAAAAGUUUUACCAGAAGACUAGUUUUCUAUAGAAAGAGGUACUUGAGAUUUUAUAUUUUGGGACCUACGAGAAAGAUGUUUGAUGUACAUAUUUUGUCUAUAAAUGUUGAUAUACAUUAUGUAAGUGUAUUAAUAAAGUAUUUUUUCCCG